UUGAAGAAAGAUCCUGAAAGACGUUUGUUGUACCCGUUGAAGUUUCCUUCUAUCUGGCAUUACUUCAAAAAAGCUGAAGCGUCAUUCUGGACGGUUGAGGAAGUAGACCUCAGCAAGGACAUGGCGGACUGGGAGAAACUAAAUGACGGAGAGAGGCACUUUAUUUCCCAUGUUUUGGCAUUUUUCGCCGCUUCUGAUGGAAUUGUGAACGAAAAUCUGGUGGAAAAUUUUUCACAAGAAGUUCAGGCGCUGGAAGCGCGAUACUUUUACGGCUUUCAGAUUGCACUGGAAAAUAUACAUUCUGAGAUGUAUUCGUUACUUAUCGAUGCUUACAUCAAAAACCCCGCUCAAAGGGAGUUGCUGUUCAACGCCGUCGAAACGCUGCCGUGUGUGAAGAAGAAAGCAGACUGGGCGUUGAGAUGGAUCCACGGGAAAUCGACACCUUUUGCUGAACGCCUUGUUGCCUUCUCUGCCGUCGAAGGUAUUUUUUUCAGCGGCAGCUUCGCGGCUAUAUUUUGGUUGAAGAAACGUGGUCUUAUGCCGGGUUUAACGUUCAGCAACGAACUCAUAUCACGCGACGAGGGACUACAUACUGAUUUUGCAUGUCUAAUGUUUCAUCAUUUGGUGCACAAGCCUCCCGAGUCAAGAAUCAAGCAGAUUAUCACGGAUGCUUUGGAGAUCGAAGUAGAGUUCCUCACUGAGGCGAUUCCCGUCGACCUGAUUGGCAUGAACUGUCGCCUAAUGAAGCAAUACAUGGAGUUUGUUGCUGAUCGUCUGCUUGUGGAGUUAAACUGUUCCAAGAUUUAUAAAGUGACGAAUCCAUUCGAUUUUAUGGAACACAUAUCUCUGCAGGGAAAGACGAACUUCUUCGAAAAAAGGGUUGGCGAAUAUCAAAAAUGCGGCGUAAUGACAGAUCAUUCAGAGCAGCAGCGAGUUUUCACGUUGGAUGCUCAAUUUUAG